AUGAGUAGCAUAGCCAAAGCCUUCGCAAAGUCGAAGCUAGCCAGCCUCCCCCCAGAAUCUCCACUGUACGAAGAAGAAGACGACUCCUCCUCCGCCUCCUCCAUGUCCUCCACCGGCACUGUUCGCCCAACUUCAAGCCAACGACCAGCUCCAGUAGUCAGCUGGUCCGACUACUAUGCCCAAGAGCUAUACCUCGAGCACCAGUCCGCCGAUGGCAACGCCAAAUUCCAUGUCUACCUGACCCCGCCAGCCUCGUUCAAGGCCCCACUACUAGUCCUACACCACGGCGCUGGCUCCUCCGCCAUGUCCUUCGCGCUGUGUGCGCUGGAGAUACGCAAGAUGUACCCCGAGGCGGGCAUUCUAGCUGUAGAGGCGCGCGACCAUGGCUCCGUAGUCUAUGGGCCCACGGGCGACGUCAACAAUGAUCUUUCGAUACACGUACUGAGCAGGGACAUGAUAGACAUGCUGGAGCUGACGGCCGCAAAGAUGGGCUGGCCGGAACUGCCGACAAUCGUGCUCAUUGGUCACAGCUUGGGCGGCGCAGUGGUUACAGAUGCGGCAAAGCAGGGCUAUCUAGGAAACAAGCUCCUCGGAUACGCCGUCUUAGAUGUAGUCGAAGGCUCCGCUAUGGAAGCCCUCAAGCAUAUGCAGGCGUAUCUUGGCACUAGACCGAAGAUGUUCCCGUCCCUUGAGGCUGCUAUUGAGUGGCAUAUCCGCUCGCGAACACUACGUAAUCCACAGUCCGCGCGUGCUUCUGUGCCUUCUCUUUUGUUCCAGACUCCCUCGGGCUCAUGGGCUUGGCGGACAGACUUGUCAAGUACAGAGGCUUACUGGGAGAACUGGUUCGGAGGCAUGAGCUCGAAGUUCUUAACUGCGAAGGGUGCAAAGCUUCUGCUGUUAGCUGGCACCGAUCGUCUCGACAAAGAAUUAACAAUAGGACAAAUGCAAGGAAAGUUUCAACUCCAAGUUUUCCCUGCCGCCGGCCAUUUCUUACAAGAAGACCUCCCCGAAAAGACCGCCGAAGCGAUUGUCGAGUUCGUCAAACGCAACGACCGUAGCACCUUGAUUUUACCUCCGAAAGUUGGUGAUUUGUUGAAACAGGGCAAGAAAGUAUAG